AACAGGUUGAGAGGGAGACCGUACAAGAGAUAGAAGAGGCCGUUUGGCUACGGAGACUCCACGUAAGCAGAGAAGCUCGAGGCUCCGAGCUCUCGAGAGUUUCAGUCAGGCUUAGCCACGCAUGGCUUGGGAGCUGGGACCAGCUACAGAGUGAACCGAUGCGGCCGACGAAACCAGCUGCCACGGCGCCAAGGCCGGCACGGCCGACGUCCGGCGUCGCUAGGCUGCUGCAGGCGCCGGCGGUCGUGGCACUGGCCGUCGUGCUCGCGGUGGCGUCGCCGGCGCAACCGCAGAAGGCUUCGGAAGCGGCACCGAAGGACACAUUUCGCAACGUUCCGGGGACGCUCUCCGGGGAGGAGGGCAAGGAGGCGGAGCGGAUCAAGCACCCGAGGUCGCCCGAGGCGGCGCGGUGCACCUCCAAGUGCGUCAGCACCUGCGUCCUCGGCGGCGCCGGUGCGCCCGGCGUCGGAGGCCCCUUCAACGUCAGAAGACCACUGGUGGUGUUCAAGGAUGGUUUCCGAAGCCGGCAGUACUGCCUGGUGGAGUGCUCGGACGUCUGUAACCUGAUCAAGGACGGAGAAGACGACCAAUGAUCCAUCAUCACAUCUCAGCAGCUCGGCUUAAUUAAUGGAGAUUGAAAACCGUCCUCGUCCAACGUCAGUCCAUAUAUAGUCAGCAGACUAAACAGUAGUACUGCAGUAACUUUGAUUUUGCCAAGCUGCACGAGCUCAAUACCGAGCAAGGUGUAAUUUUAGGUGACUGAGAUCUACAAAAAAUACUAUUGGGCGAAUGGGGCGGUGGCCAAAAGAAAUUCAAGCUUUGUUUCAGAGAAAAAACUUUUGUCUGAAUGCAAAGUAUUUCUGGAACGAGCGAAAUGCAGGCAUUUUCCGCAUGCUCCAGCCAUGCCGAUGCUUAUCUUCGUCCACAUCAAGUCGGAGGCCGAUCUUUGGGUGUUAAGCGUUCAAGUGUCAUCUUACUGCGUGAGUAGUCGUUUUUGUGUAAUAUUUUCUACUUCUCUAUAACAAUUCUAAUUCUUUAAUGAAAAUUGGCAACCUUGCCAUUGAGGAAAAAGAAAGGUUGGAGAAACUGCAA